AUUUCAAUCGAUACACGAAAAUAAAUCGCUCAACAGCAAAGAAAACCAACGUGCGUGCGUUUGCUCUCACACUUCCCGUUUGCACAAACCUCGUCGAAAGGUGUUUUCACAGUGGUCACAUCGAACGUCAGUCACAAUUGCACGAAUUUUUACGGCUCGCGUUAAAGGGUUCGCAAGUGUACGCGAAGGGAAAUCGGCCUUUUCCUUCUCGGUUUUAUUUUUUUUGUGUCCCGCGUGUGUCUAAAUUUACGUUCGCAAGCCGUGUACCCGAAUCGGUGUGCCAUCUGAAUCACUCAGCGCGAUCGACCGCAUGUGCUGUGCAGAAGAUAUUUAUGGUGCGUUUACUUUUCGUUUCGUUGUUUUUCGUUCGACGAUCGGUGUCGAGCUGACUUCAUCGAAUUGAUUGAUCAGAAGAUCAGAUCGCAAACCCGAGUGCAACAAAUAAAAAAGAAAAGAAAAGAAAAAGAUCACAGCGCAAGCACACGACCACGGAUGAGAUAAAAAAAAAAAAGGUGAAGACGAGUGCGAGUGCGGUGUAAAGUUCGGAAAAUUGCACACCCAUCACCCAAAGGGGUCACCCCUAAAUAAAAGGGCAGAAGUGUCGUGGCGUGUUGCGUGACAUUUGUUCGGAAGAGAUCGCUAAUCAAACCCCCUUUUGCGGUGCAGAAGAAAGUGUAAAUAUAAUACCAAAGGGAUCAGUUUCGAUAUCCUUUUUUGUUCGCAACAACUAAUUGGUAAAAAAAAGGUUCUACAAAUGACAGGAUAAAUUGCGGAAGAGGGCAGAAAAAAGGAAAAUCGAUCAACACAACAACUGAAGUGAGUGUGAUCGCUGCAGGUGUACAUGAUCGUGAUUCGGUGCAUAGGUGUGUGUUUUCUUGUGCAGAAAAUCGCAAGAGUACAAUACCCACGCCCUUAGUGUGUCGUUUGUGUGCCAUCAGCUAAAAGUUUUCGCGAAGGAAACAAACAACAAACAAAUCGAUCGAGAGAGAGAGAGAAAAAGUGCGGAACGCCAAAACGCGGACAGACACAUUUUCCCCUGCACCGGUGAGGGAAAGCGGGAACCAUUUUUCUCGAUAGCGUCGGCCCCGACUGUGGGGCCAAAACCGGAAGCAAUAUUCUGGCACACAACACCCUCAGCAUGUACGGCGGUGGCGUUCUCUGCCCGUCGCCCUCGACGGCGACGGGUUUCUACAAUCCGCGCGGCCAGGGCUCGGAGAUCGGGGCGCUCGAGCUGGGCUUCCCGCGGGGGAUGGCCCUGGUGCCGCCGCCACCGCACGGAGCCUGGCGCGACCCGACCACCCUCUCCGGUACGCACCUGCCCGUCUCGUCCAGCACGGCCACGGCGUCCGGCGACGACAUUACCACACUCGGUGGCCAGGGACCGCCGGGCGGUUCGGUCGUGCCCGGCAUGCAGACCUCGUCCUCGUCGUCGAGCGGCGGCGGUGGCGGUGGCAGCGUGCAGGACAAGAAGGACUUCAUCUCCUCGUCGUCCGGUGGCUCGUCGAUCGCGAGCGUCGGCCAGCAUCCGGGCAGCGGGGGCAGCGGGGCGGGCCUCUCCUCCGUCGUGUCACAGUCGAACUCGAUCGACAAGAAGGAGUUCCUGUCGCUGCAGCAGAGCACCACGCCCGGCUCGCAGAGCAUGAACUCGCAGAACGGCCAGGACAUCAAGAACCAGAACAUCGAGUGCGUCGUAUGCGGGGACAAGAGCUCCGGCAAGCACUACGGACAGUUUACGUGUGAAGGUUGCAAAUCAUUCUUCAAACGCUCGGUACGACGGAAUCUCACCUACUCCUGCCGGGGCAACCGGAAUUGCCCGAUCGAUCAGCACCACCGGAACCAGUGCCAGUUCUGUCGACUACGAAAGUGCCUCAAAAUGGGAAUGCGACGCGAAGCUGUGCAACGAGGUCGAGUGCCACCAUCGCAACCACCGGGCAUACCGUACGGCCAGUACUCGAUACCGAACGGUGACGCCGUGACCGGCUUCAACGGUCACUCGUAUCUUAGUUCCUACAUCUCGCUGCUGCUGCGCGCGGAACCGUACCCGACGUCCCGGUACGGCCAGUGCAUGCAGACGAACAACAUCAUGGGCAUCGACAACAUCUGCGAGCUCGCCGCCCGGCUACUGUUCUCCGCCGUCGAGUGGGCCCGCAACAUACCCUUCUUCCCGGAUCUCCAGGUCACCGACCAGGUGGCGCUGCUGCGGCUCGUCUGGUCCGAGCUGUUCGUGCUGAACGCGUCGCAGUGCUCGAUGCCCCUGCACGUCGCCCCACUGCUGGCGGCCGCCGGGCUCCACGCGUCCCCGAUGGCCGCCGACCGGGUGGUCGCCUUCAUGGACCACAUCCGGAUAUUCCAGGAGCAGGUGGAGAAGCUGAAGGCACUGCACGUCGACUCGGCCGAGUACUCCUGCCUGAAGGCGAUCGUCCUCUUCACCACAGAUGCUUGUGGACUCUCGGACGUGGCACACAUCGAAUCGUUGCAGGAAAAAUCCCAAUGCGCCCUGGAGGAGUAUUGCCGGUCACAGUAUCCUAACCAGCCGACCCGGUUCGGCAAGCUGCUGUUACGUCUACCCUCGCUAAGGACGGUGUCGUCGCAGGUUAUAGAGCAGCUCUUCUUCGUCCGGCUGGUGGGCAAAACGCCCAUAGAAACGCUGAUCCGCGACAUGCUGUUAUCGGGCAAUAGUUUCUCCUGGCCCUACCUACCUUCGAUGUGA